AAAAUAAAUAAAAUUUUAUAAAUACAGAUUUUCAAAAUCUAAAAUUCAAAAAUUAUUGGGCAUUUUGGGAAGGAUAUAAGCAAGAAAAAGGAAAUACAUAAGUAAUUUCAGAUAAGUUUUUAGAUAAUAAUUAUAAAAUUGUUGAAUUUAAUGAUUUAAGAUAAUUAUAAAUAAUUUGGUGUACAAAAUUGAAUAAAAUUUCUAAUUUUUUUAAUUUUGAAGGCAAAUUUAUUAGAGUAGAAUUGUAAAAAUAUAGUAGAAUAAUAGAAUCUAUUAGUUUAUUUAAAUAAAAUAUUGUACCAGCCUGGGAAGAUCCAUUAAAUGUCGAGGGAGGUGAUCUUUAAAUAUUUUUUGAUGAUAUUUAAAGUAAAGACUAAAUAGAUUCUAUUUAUAAAGUUGUAGUUUAAACUGUAUUAAGUGAUGAUUACCCAUUUAUUAAUGAAACUAAUGGAGUUAGAUUUAAUGAUAAAACAAGAGAUAAAUAAGCUACUAAAAUAAGGAUGGAAAUAUGGUUUAAUUUUAACGAAAGUAAUGAUGGAUAUGCAUAAAAAUUAGAAAAUAUUUAAAAAUUUUUCGAAGGUUUAGUUGGAAAACAUUACAAAAAAAUUAGUUUUACUUGGGUUAGUCAUUCACAUAAAAAAUGA